AUGGAGGAAACAGCUCCAGCUCUUCAUUCAAGUGGAUCCACAGAUGUCGAGUGUCAUGCAUGCGUUGGAAGGAAGCGCAAAGCCAAACAGACUUGUACUGAGUGUGAGGAAUCAUACUGUGAGCAUCAUCUUUUCAUGCAUAACUCUUUGCACGUGGGAAAGAGGCACAGGCUUGUGGAGCCGAAUGCAAUGUUGCAGGAGAACAUCUGCCCUGAUCAUGGCAAAAUGCUGUUUGUGUACUGCCGCACAGACCAGCUGUGCAUCUGUCACCUGUGCAUUACUGAUAAACACAGAGGUCACGAUGUCAUCCCAGUGGAAGAGGAAGUGGCCAAUAAACAGAUUAAGUUGGGGGAGUUGCAGAAGCGGACCGUUGACAUAAUUGAAGCUAAGGAGAAAGAUGUGCAAGAGCUGAGACAAGCUGUGGAGCUUUUCAAGGCUUCAUCGAUUAAGGCACAGGAGAAGAAUGAGAAGAACUUCACUGAGCUGAUCCAGUCUAUGAAGGACAAUCAAAGCAAAGUGACAGAGCUGAUCCAAGGACAGACAAAGUCUGCAGUGAAGGAAGCGGAGGGAUUCAUAAAGACUCUACAGCAGGAGAUCAGCAAUAUGAGGACCUUAGAUGCUGAUCUUCAACGCCUGCAGCUGCUCUCUCAUACAAACACUGAUGUUCAAUUUCUAGAGAGCACUGUGUCUCUGCCCUCACUGACUGAGUAUAAAAAAACAUUCGUCUUCCUUGUGCAUCCGUACAAUUCUUUUGAGCGUGAUUCCAUGGCGGCUAAUGAACUAACAGAAAAGCUAAACACGACCAGCAAGCUGAGUUUAUUCAUGAUUUCCAGAAAAGUGAGAAACACUAGAAUCAUAAGAUCACCACCACCACAGACACGAGAGGAGUUUCUACAGUAUGCAUCAAAACUCACUUUUAAUACCAACUCAGCACAUGAAAGUCUCAUCUUGUCGAAUGAGAACAAGGAGGUGAAGUCCUCGCACCUGCUUCAAGACUAUCCUGAACACACUCAGAGAUUUAACUGCAGGUCACAGAUCCUGUGCAACGAAGGUCUGAGAGGGUCCCCUAAAUAUUGGGAAGUAGAGAUUGGCGGGGGCACUUGGGUCUGCAUUGCCGUGUCCUACCAAGAGAUCCGUAGAAAAGGCAAGCAGCGUACACUCUUUGGGAGAAAUGCCCAGUCAUGGGGACUACGCUGUAAACGUGUCCAUAUAGAAUUUUGGCAUGACAAUAAGACAACAUUUUCGAAGUUUCAAUCAUAUGGCUCCAAAAUAGGAGUGUAUUUGGACUACAGGGCUGGAAUCCUGGCAUUUUACAAUGUGUCUGACAACAUGAGUCUCAUUUAUAAACACCAAACUGUUUUUAAAGAGCCUGUUUAUCCUGGGUUCGGACUGGCAGGAAAUGGUUCCUAUGUGAGACUUUGCGAUCCAGUGAAAAAUGAGACUAAAACACCCCUUUCUUCUCCAUUUAAAUUUGGUAGUUUGUAA